UGCUGCUGCUGCUUCUUCUUCUUCCUCGCCAUCGGAGCCCCCCGCGAUCGAGCAGGUGAUCACCGAGUUCUUCGCCAAAAGCCUCCACAUCAUACUCGAAUCGAGGUCCCCUUACGUCUCGUCGCGCAACUACACGAUCGACCAUUUCAAUCCGAACUCCCCGUCGUCGUCGUCGUCGCAGUCGCCGUCGCCGUGCUCGCCUUCGAGCAGCAAGCCCAGGGACAAAUGGUUCAAUUUGGCCCUCAGGGAAUGCCCCGCGGCGCUCGAGAACUUCGAUCUGUGGCGGCAGAGCAAUCUCGAGCCUUUGGUCAUCGACAUUGUCCUAAUCCGCAGGGCGUCGAGCCCCGAAACGCCGGAUCGGCGCGUGAAUUGGAGCGGCGAAGGGGCCAGGAUCGUAGAGCGGUGGGUCGUGCAAUACGAGUCUCGUGGUUUGAUCGGCCGCAGGCGUAGUCGCUUGGAGAUACGCAAUUUGUGCGAGGAAAUGUGCAAGAGAUCGAUAGUGCUUCUCCGGUCGUUGUACUUGUUCAUUAGGCUUCUGCCCGCGUACAAGCUCUUCCGCGAGCUCAAUUCGUCGGGCCGGAUCCGGCCGCUUGGCUUGUCACAUCGAAUUUCUUCGUUUGUCGAGCCUUUCACGCGGGCAGAGGACGCUGAGAUGAAGCAUUUCGGGUUUGUGCCGAUCGGUACUCCUUGCGGUAGGUUGAGUCUCACGGUGUCUUACCUUCCGAAUUUAGAAAUCGUGGGUUCGGAGCCCUCGACGCCUUUGUCGCCGCAGUUUAUAAUGGAUUAUGUUGGCAGCCCGAAUACGGAUCCGCUGAAGAGGUUCCAAUCGCUGCCUUCGGCGAUGAGAAGACAUAGCUGGAGCGACAAUCAUGGAAAUUUGCCCUCGCCUUCUCCGUCGCCGACGUACUCCGAUUCACGUGCGUUGCAAAGUAAUCAGAAGCGAAGACUCCCCCCCCGUGGUCGCGAUAGUUCUAUGUCGCCUCAGUUUUCAAUGUGGUCGUCGCCUUCUACCCCGGCCCAACUCUCGGGCGGGAGCUUACCUACAGCUCUUAUGCGCUGCGAGAGUGCUCCUGUUAGUAUUCCUGCCAACAGGAUUGGGGCCUUGCCUCCAUCUCCUUCUUUGAAGUCUACGAAUCUCGGAGCUGAGAAAAAGGUACAGAUAAAGGAGGAGUUGCUUAAGUUGGGAGAGCCCCACACAGGCAUGACCCUGCAGAAGGUAUUAUCUUUUGGGAGAGAUGAUAUUGGAUACUUGUCUGGUCUUAAAAUACCGUCAUGCACUUCACCAAGAAUACCUCCUAGAAGCUCUAGCAGGCUCUCUCUCUUUGACGAGUUUGAUGAUUCUGAGAUUGUUUAUCCAUUUGCUGAAGAUGAUGAAGACCUAACUGGUGCAUGCAACAGGGUCGAAGUUCCCGAUGUCAAGCUCCAAGAAGGUGAGAGCACGGAAUCCGGAGGCUCUCUAGUAGUUAGAAGAUCUCCUGACGCUUUGGUGGGCGCGCUUGUAAACAUGCUUAAAACCGCCCCGCCCCUCCGCCAAGACCUCUCCGAGUCUCUGAAUCCCUCUGUCCUCGUCUGCGAAGAAGCUCACACCCAAAGAGCGAAAAACACUAGCAUCGAGACUGAAGUCGGGACCAAUAAAUUUGAAAACCCUAACCCCAAUUCAAGCUCCGGUAUUGGUUCAUCCUCCUCAUCAUCAUCAAUUUAUAAGUCAAGGACCGCCGCUGAUGCCCUAGAAGAGUUAAGGGUUUACAAAGAGUUUAAAGAAUUGCUACUCAAGCAAGGCGAGGAGAGGUAGCGAAUAUGAAAUGAAACAACGACGGACGCGUGGUUUGUAAAUAUGUGUAGCCUGUGAAUUUAAUUCGAAAAGGAGGGCGGAAUGAUUGUAGUAUAGACUCAGAUGAAAGUAUGGGUAAACUCUACUUUAAGAUCCCUAAGUUAUACCGAAAAUUAUUAUAAAUUAUAUGAUAUGAUGACGUGUAAUGUUCAGGUGAAAAUAGAUCCCAUUACUGGGGUUAUUUACAAGUUGUGCUUAUAAACAUUUUGAUAACUUAAUGUAAUCAUUUUGAUCCUUUGUGCAUGAU